AUGUCUGAAAGGCCCCUCUCCAUUCUCAUAUCUGGUGCGGGCGUCGCUGGGGCUUCUUUGGCCCUGAUGCUCGCUCGCCAACCAGGGUUCAAGAUGCAACCCAUCAUCACACUCAUCGAGCGCUCUCCAGUACCGCGAACAACAGGUCAAUCGGUCGAUGUUCGUGGCCCCGCCGUCGAUGUGAUCCGUAAGCUGGGAUGGGAACAGGACAUCAAAGCCAGACAUACAACAGAGAAAGGCCUGGCAAUUCUCAAUGAAAAGGGCAAAAUCGUUGGAUAUUUUCCCGCAACAGGCGAUGUCAAAGCUCAAAGUGCGACGAGCGAGUACGAAAUCCUCCGAGGCGAGCUGACCGAACUGUUACUGGACGGCGUCGACAAAUCGAAAAAAGAGGGCGUACAGGUCCAAGUAGUCUACGACGAAAUGAUCCAAUCAAUGGAAGACCGAGCAGACGGCACCGGCGUAGACGUCCACUUUGCUCGCGGCAAGCUCCAGGACCAGCGAUACGACGUCGUCGUAGGAGCAGACGGCAUCGGCUCUCCCACGCGCUCUUUCAUCUUCGGCAAAGACGACAAACUCGAACACGUCCACCCGUCAGGAAUGUACAUUGCUUUCUACUCCGUCCCACGCAUCCCCGGAGACGACGAGUUCUGGCACUGGGCUACGUUUGCCCCCGGACUAGCCAUCCACCUGCGUCCCCACCGUAACAACAAAACCAUGGGCGUGUACCUGACCGUCACCAACGCCAAGAAGGAGCGAAAUCCCGAACUGGAGGAUGUUGUACGUGCAGAUCUUGCCACGCAGAAAAAGUAUCUCCACCAGCGAUUUCAAAAUUCGUCAUGCACGUGGCAACUUAAACGCUUCCUCGACGGGCUCGACGCCUCAGACGACUUUUACAUGACACAUUGGUGCCAAGUCCGCACACCCCAAUGGACGAAAGGGCACUGCGUGACGCUCGGCGACGCAGCUUUCGCUACUAUGGGUGUGGGCACCAGUCUCGCCAUGACAGGGGCUUACUGCAUUGCCGGCGAGCUUUCCAAAAUCACAUCGCCUGAGGAGGUACCGCAAGCAUUACAAACCUAUCAGGAUUUGUUUAAACCGUUUGUCGCGAAGCACAACGUGGAUUUCGCCUUCUUUCCACAGCUGGCGAAUCCGCAGACUGUGUGGGGAAAUUGGGUUUUGCAUACUAUAGUGUGGUUGCUGGCUUUGUUGCGGGUGCAGAAGUUGGCGGUGUGGCUGGGUGGUGGGGACGAUACUCAGGCGUGGAAGUUGCCCGACUAUGGAUGGUAG